UUUUUCACAUAUCGCCAUCCAAUGGGAUACUUCCUACUCCCUGUCCGCCGCAACGCCACAGGAGCUCACUUCCUGUUAGAGUACCACAAUUCCAAACAGACAACAGGAAUUUUUCGGGCGUCAUGCUUGAACUCCUCUACAGGUCAGGAUAAAUCAAACUGCUCCUACGCAAAGUGGGGUGAGAUCAUCCACUGCCAAAGCUGGAGGCUGGAGUUCUAGGAGUACGUUUUUCCCAUGGUUGGAGCCUUCACUGAUUUGUUGAAGACUUUGGCAACUGGAGCGCAUGAAUAGCACUGCUCAUCUGGCCAGAGAUUCCACUGAAGAGUGGUGAGACCAGCAGAAAGCCUUUGGGGAGGGGACCAUGGCCCUGAGUGAAGGGACCAGUGACCUCCAGCCCUUCAGCAACAGCAGCAGCCCCCCCUCAACUAGCGCCAGCAAUGCACCCACCACCUCCAGAUCAGCUUCCAGUGGAGGCUCCGCCAGCCAAGAUGCCAUCCCCUCGGCCCUGGGCACAGACGGCGAGGAGGAGGAGGAGGAGCGGGACCCCCCUGUGACAAAGCCAGCACCCACUGCACCACCCAAAGACGCCCGGCAGCUCGCCGGAGGUGCCCAGAGGUCGAACGGCGGCGUCAAGCCCAACGGCUCCCUCCGGCCGCCUUCCUCCUCCACCUCUUCCUCUUCCUCCGCAUCCUCUGCAGCGCAGAGGCUCCUCUCGCCAACGCUGACCACUCCUCCACCGCUGCCACCGCCGUGCUGCCUCCGCUGUCCCUACCACCCGCCCGCACUCUGUUGCCAUAGGAGCCAGCAGGAGUGCCACCUCUUCCAGAACCAUCCGGCGGCGGCCGGGCUCCAUGGGGGUGCCUGCUGCAUCCAGGGCUCGGCAGCCUUCUGCAUGCAGCAACGCUGGCGGGAGCAUUUCCAGAACCAGCCCAAUAUGGCCGCCCUCAGCCCUUCAAGGCCUUUUCGCUUCCCCAGAAGCUAUGCGGAGCUCAUCGCUGAUUGGCCGGUGGUUGUGCUGGGGGUCUGCACAGUCCUCAUAGUAGUCUGUGCCCUCGUUAGCAUGCUGGUGCCAGAUCCGCCCGACUUCUCCGACCCCUUACUUGGCUUCGAGCCAAGGGGCACCACAAUUGGCCAGCGCCUGGUGACGUGGAACAAUAUGGUGAAGAACACUGGAUACAAAGCGACGCUGGCUAACUAUCCCUUCAAGUAUGCGGAUGAGCAGGCCAAGAGCCACCAAGAGGACCGAUGGUCAGACGACCAGUAUGAGAGAGACAAGAGGCAAGCAGAGUGGGACUUCAGCAAAGAUAAUUUCUUCUGCGACGUGCCAGGUGACAGGUAUUCAAGACUGGUGUUUGCCUCUGCAGAAGGAAAGAAUUUAUGGAGCAUACAAGCAAUCAAAUCUAUGUGCAAUCUUGACAAUAUAAAGGUGCGAUCCCACCACGAGUACUGGAGCCUCUGCCAGCGGACCAACGCGGCCUCCUGCUGCCCAAGUUGGACCCUGGGAAACUACAUCGCCGUUCUGACCAACAAGUCGUCCUGUCAGAAAAUCACCGAGAGGGACGUCUCCCACACUCUAAAGAUUCUGCGCUCGUGUGCCAAGUACUACCAUAAUGGGACCCUUGGCCCAGAGUGCUGGGACAUGUCGACUCGUAGGAAGGAUCAGCUGAAGUGUGCCAACGUGCCACGCAAGUGCACCAAAUACAACGCCGUCUACCAGAUCCUCCACUUCCUGGUGGACAAGGACUUCCUGAACCCAAAGAGCACCGACUACCAGCCACCGGCACUAAAGUACAGCAUGCUGUUCUCGCCGACGGAAAAGGGGGAGACCAUGAUGAAUAUCUACCUGGACAAUUUUGAGAACUGGAACGCGUCAGAUGGCGUCACAACCAUAACGGGUAUCGAGUUCGGUAUCAAACACAGCCUAUUCCAGGACUACCUCCUGACCGACACGGUGUAUCCAGCCAUAGCGAUCGCGAUUGUGCUGGUCGUCAUGUGCAUGUACACCCGGUCGGUGUUCAUCACCCUCAUGACCAUGAUUGCCAUCAUCAGCUCCCUUAUCGUCUCCUACUUCCUGUAUCGGGUGGUGUUCAGCUUCGAGUUCUUCCCCUUCAUGAAUCUCACCGCACUCAUCAUCCUCGUGGGCAUCGGGGCAGACGACGCUUUUGUACUCUGUGACGUGUGGAACUACACCAAGUUCGACAAGCCCAACUCGGAACUGUCAGAGACGGUGAGCGUGACGCUGCAACACGCGGCCCUCUCCAUGUUCGUCACCAGCUUCACCACCGCGGCUGCCUUCUACGCCAACUACGUGAGCAACAUUACCGCCAUCCGCUGCUUCGGGGUCUAUGCCGGCACCGCCAUUCUGGUCAAUUACAUCUUGAUGGUCACGUGGCUGCCGGCGGUGGUGGUUCUUCACGAGCGAUACCUGCUGAACAUCUUUCCGUGCCUCAGGUCACCACACCAUCGUCCCUGUAACACCACUACGUUCUGGGUCAGCCUGUGCCAAAGAGCCAAUAAGUGUUUGUUCACCAUGUCGGAGGCCUCGAGGAUAUUUUUCGAGAAGGUCCUGCCGUGCAUUGUGAUUAAGCUCCGCUACCUCUGGCUCUUCUGGUUCCUGGCCUUUACCAUCGGUGGGGCGUACGUGGUGUGCGUGAACCCCAAGAUGAAGUUGCCCUCUCUGGAGCUCUCCGAGUUUCAGGUGUUCCGUUCCUCGCACCCUUUUGAGCGCUACGACUCGGAGUACAAAAAGCUCUUCAUGUUUGAGCGUGUCCAUCAUGGCGAAGACCUCCACAUGCCCAUCACCAUCAUCUGGGGCGUGACGCCCUUGGACAACGGUGACCCCCUGAACCCCAAAAACAAAGGCAAGUUGACACUCGACACAACCUUUAACAUCUCUAGCCCCGCUAGCCAGGAGUGGAUCCUUCAUUUCUGCCAAAAACUGCGCAACCAGAGCUUUGUGUUCCAGUCAGAGGAGCAGGAUUUCACCAGCUGUUUCAUGGAGACCUUUAAGCAGUGGAUGGAAAACCAGGACUGUGAAGAGGCACCUGUCUAUCCCUGCUGCAGCCAGUCCACCUUCCCCUACAAGCAGGAAGUGUUCGAGCUGUGCAUCAAAAGGGCCAUCAUGGAGCUGGACCGCAGCACGAUAUACCACCUAGACAGCAAGACUCCAGGGCCCAGGUUUGACAUUAACGACACCAUCCGAGCCAUCGUGCUGGAGUUUCAGAGCACCUACCUCUUCACCCUGGCCUACGAGAAGAUGCACCAGUUCUACAGAGAGGUGGACACUUGGAUCCAGGAGGAGUUGAAGAACGCCCCCAAGGGUCUGAACUAUGGCUGGUUGGUCAGCAACCUGGAGUUCUACGACCUGCAGGACAGCCUGUCCAAUGGGACGCUGAUCGCCAUGGCUCUGUCUGUGGUGGUUGCGUUCAGUGUGAUGCUCCUGACCACCUGGAACAUUAUCAUCAGCCUCUACGCCAUCAUCUCCAUCGCUGGGACCAUCUUCGUCACGGUGGGCUCGCUGGUGCUUCUUGGAUGGGAGCUGAACGUGCUGGAGUCUGUCACGAUAUCUGUGGCUGUUGGACUUUCUGUAGACUUUGCCGUGCACUAUGGUGUGGCAUACCGCCUAGCCCCUGAGCCUGACAGGGAGGGCAAGGUUGUGUUCUCCCUAAGUCGAAUGGGCUCCGCCAUCUUCAUGGCGGCCCUCACAACCUUCGUUGCCGGGGCGAUGAUGAUGCCCUCCACGGUCCUGGCAUACACGCAGCUUGGCACCUUCCUCAUGCUGAUCAUGUGCGUCAGCUGGACCUUCGCCACCUUCUUCUUCCAGUGCAUGUGUCGCUGCCUCGGCCCACAGGGCACCUGCGGGCAGAUUCCCCUGCCCAAGAAGCUCCAGUGCCAAGCCUACGCCGAGAGCUUGAACCCCGGCCCGACCAGCCGUGGCCAGGGCAAGCACUGCCACAUGGGCAAGUAUCAGCUGGACUCCCGGGCCGGGGACGUUGAGCACGAACACUACGAGCUCGAGCCGCUGGCCUCAAACGGAAGGAACCUGGACAAGAUCCCGGCGGACGGCGCCGAAGCACACACGCAGCUCUGUAAUGGCAUCGCCCCGCGCCACCCUGCCCCUCGCUCCCCCCACAUCCCCUUCAAGGGCACACCAGACCCCAGCAGAGGUGGGGUGGUGGUGGCGUCCAACAUGUGCUCCAGCCCCGAGAACGGCCUUGGCGUCCCCGGGGCGGAGCUUAGCCAGCGGAGCGCCCACGGCCCACACAGCACCAGCUGCUCCUGUGGGGAGCCUCAUCUCCUGCAGCCAAUGGGAGCACAGUGGACCGCCCACCCCCACCCCCACCCCCACUGCACAGGUGACGCCCCAUGCCCCAUCCACUGUUCAGGUGACGCCCCAUGCCCCAUCCCUCAGUACACCCUGGCUGUCCCCCAUGGCACCCCUGGCGGACAGACCCUCCUACCCUCAUUGGAGGCCAUGUACCAGCCUAUGGAGUGCCGCAUGCACUACAUGCACUGCUCCCCUGCCGCCCACUUCCACCCCUGCUCCCAGGUGCGACUCCCUAGGCCAGGCCACAAUGGGGGUCACCUGCGGGGCUAUUGCGUACACCCCGUGCACCUCCAGCAGCAGCAGGUACAGGGCCUGCCGGAGACCCUGGCUGGGGAGGACACGCCGCAGGUGGGGACAUGCGGUAUGCCGCACGUGCCCUGCCCCCUCUCCGCACUUGCUCAGAACACUCCGUUAGUUCACACACACACAGCCUGCGCGGCGAGCCACGAACUUCAGCGGCUUGGGGGGAAAGCCCAAGGCAGUCCGAACCCUCCAAACGAAGCAUGCGCUCACGUGGGCGCAAGUGUAGCAAAACAGGCAAUGCCAAUGGACGCUUGUCGUAAGACGCAAGGCGACGCAGAAAAGCCUGACGCUCCUGUUGUCAUGCAGGAGGCUAGUGUGAAAAAGUGCAAGCUCAAACACAGGGGCAGAAAAGCUGAGGCGGCGUCAGCCUCCCCGAAAAAACUGAACUGUUUUAACAGGACUUUGAAAGGAAAGUGCAAUUCUAUUGAGUAUAACAAGCCAAAAGCAGAAGCCAACGUGCCUGUCAUUGCCAUAAAUUCAAAACCCUCCGCAGAAAGUUUAUGCUGAUCAUCAAAAUGAAAAGCAACAAAAUGAAAAACAACUCAUUAAAUUAUCUUAACAAAUAAAUCCUGCCAUGUGAGAUGCCCAUGUGCUGUGUUCCUCAAAUAUUAAAUGAUUGGGGUUCCUCAGAA